UAGGUGAAGAACCCUGUCCUGUAGGUGAGGCUAUGGUCUUAGUGGAGAAGGCCAAGAAGAAGCCCAAACGUGUUCUGUCCGGUGGAGUGGUGGAGGCCCCUAAGGCCCAGACAUACUACCGUAUAGAGUACAACAUGCUGCCUGGUGACCAGGACCCUGUUAAAGUAGAUCUGGUGAUGUUCGGCCUUGCUGCUAAGAUCUACAUGGAGAAUGAGACCAAGGUGUUGAAGCCGUGGCUUGAAGGGGACCAGGUGUGGUUAGGCUGGUCUCAGUCUGUAAAGGUUAGAGUCACCAGAGAGCUGCUCAUUAAACUGGUGUCUCAUAAAAUCACCUUCAAAAUCUGGGACACCAAGGACAAGGUCUCUGCUAAAGCCAGAUAUGACCGACCCAAAACCUUCCGGCUGCCACAGGCCAAACCAGGGGAAGACAAUGAUCUCGGUGGGAUAAAGAGCAUGGUGUACAAGUUGAGAACAAUGUUUGAGAAGAAGAAUCCCAGGACCAGAUCGUCCAAUAAGAGAGGAGAUACCUUGUCCACGGACUUCAAGAGGUUCUCUGAGCUCAACUGUGUUACAGGUACAGGACUUUCAUCAGUAUCCAUAACGUGA